AUGUUCUCCGUCGCGACACCCCCGGUGUCUGUAGACACGGCCACCCUCGACUCUCACCUCGAGGUGACGGUGACCCCAAGCGCGUCGGCCUUCUAUGCCGGAGAAGUCUUCUCGGCCGUCAUCACCCUACGCAACACAAGAGUACCCAUUCACACUUCUCCCCCAGAGUCCCCGUACCCACAGUCGCAGCCGGCGUCGCCCAACCCCGUACAUACGCCGCACCUCUACAACCCACAGCCGCGUUCUCCAAGUACUCCAGGUGGAUAUGAUCUCAACUCGCCUCUCACCCCAGACCGCCCCCUCUUUGGACUGGCCAAAGGUCUUGUGUAUGGUGGUGCCGGCGGUUCGCUGGAGGAAGAGCGGAAACGUGUGUGGAACACGCAAGAUCUCCCUGUCCUUGAGACUGCUCGCAGCCUCCUUGGUGUGGACAUCAAGGUGAUGGAUGGCCAGUCAAGGGAAUUUGUGUACACUCUUCAGCUUCCUUCAAGUCUACCACCAGCGUUCAAGGGCAAAGCUCUGCGGUUCUCAUACGAGCUGGUCGUUUCUCUGACCGUUCUCCUCCCUGGGCCCGCCAAGGCACAGAGAACAAAGGAAAUUACCAUCCCAGUGCGCGUUUGGCCAAACGUCUCUCUCGCCCAGCCUUUGAGAACAUAUGAUGUGCUUCAGCCCGUCAUCCAGAACACGGAGCUUGGAUCGGUUGCUGAGCGCGAGCCGUUGCCUCUCUCGCCUGCUGCGCGCAAGCAGACACCACACGAGGCCCCCAAGCCCAAUGUGGACUCGUUGGCAUCGUAUGCGCGACAGUUGAUCAACACUUUGGAGCCGAUCCCGUCCGGCGGCGGACACCACCGCCUAGCACCUCCCCCCUCUCCUUCAAAGUCCCUCACCCCUCUGUCACCAGUCGCCUCAGUGGACCCAGUGGUGGUGAAGAGUCCUGGUAUGACCAAGUCACCUUCUGGUCGCAACUUCCUCCUGGCAGCCCCCGAGGACCCGCCAAAACUCCGCCCACGCGCCACAAGCGUUGCAGGCGACGACGAGCUCGUUGAGGAUGCCCAGCGCUGUGGCGAGGCAGUGGAGAUUCUUUCCCGCCACUCUCCAAAGGCAUCAUACGACAUUAGUCAGGAAGACGAGGUUGUCGCUGUCUUGACGCUUAUCAAGACAACGUACCGUCUCGGUGAGACGGUCAUUGGCGUUGUCACUUUCAACGACGGGGCGUGCGACCGCCGCGUACUCAAGUUUUCCGCGUUUCUGGAAACCCACGAGGUCAUUCCCGAGCCCCUCCUCCCACAAUCUGCCAGCUCGUCGGGCCGUGCACGCCAGCCAGAACUUCGUCGCACCCACGCCGAGUACCGUACUUCGUACGCUCUGCAUACAGCGCGUAUGCCCUUCUCGCUCGACAUUCCGUCCGAUGCCACACCAGCAUUUGCACUUGCUGCAGGCGAAGGUCGCGCCGGUGGUCUCGAGUGGCGCGUCCGUCUGGCGUUCCUCGUUGCGUCCCCGCCCGCGCAUCGCGGACCAUCGUCGUCCCACACCCCACGGACCCCUCAGGCAGCCCAGGGGGCCGACUCACCACUCAACGGCCGGCCCGGUGGGGACACCAAGCCUGCCAUCCCUGCAAAGGCUGCGGGGGCCGCCCACCUGUUGAGUGCCAACACCAUGAUCAACCUCCUGCCAGCUGAAGGCGACACGGACAAUGUGACGUUUACGGCCGGGCCAACUCUUACCCCGUAUUCCAAGGGAUCGGAGGGAUGGCUCGAGGCUCGUGCCGAGACAGUCGAGUGCGUAGUCCCCGUCAGCGUCUUGGCUGGUAACACGGCCUUUGUGGUCCGGCCGAGCGUAUACUCGGUAUAA